AUGCAACGGCGCGCCUGCAGUCGUUUUCAAAGUCCGUCAGCGUUGCCGCCUUUGUCUCUGUAUGUGCUUUCCCUUCUGUAUUUUUUCUCUUGUCAGGCACCCGUCCUGAACCCAACUGCUGCUUUUGGUCCGCGCCACACAGCUUUGGUGAAGCUCAAAAUAUCUACUGCACAAGGUGCUGAGCAUUUCUUAGAGGUGGAUCUUGAGGAGACGGCAGGCGAGGUGAAGACUCGCCUGGAGAAGAUGCUUGGCCUUGCAACAGCCUCGCAGCGGCUGCUGCACAUGGGUCGUGAGCUGAACGAUGCCGAGCAGCUGACGGCCAUUUCGGGCUCGAUGAAUGGCGCCGGCGUCUGCCACUUACAACUAGCGAUGCGACAGGUGGUGCAGGCACACCAUCGAGCUCCAGCAGUUUCUCGAGCUCCAGGUCAGUCUCAGGCCCCUCAGGAUCCAAGACGAGACUUGAUCGAGGCUGUCUUCAGUUCUUUGGACAAGACAUGCAAAGGGUAUCUCACAGCCGCAGACAUGCGGCCGUUCGCAGAGCAGACUGGCUUCAGCGGCAGCGACCACGAGUGGCAGGAGGAGUUUGCAUUGCUUUGCCGAGACCGGGGAAGUGCGAAAGG